UCACACCGCUACAUGUAUCACAUGGAUAUGAUUCAACAUUUCAGGAUUGAAACUGAUAGAUUUCUCCGUAUCUCGCAUUAUUGUUGGCACUGAAAAUCUGAAAUUGUAUAAUCGAAUAAACUGGAUGCUUGAAAUUGAUAACGUCGAGAUGCUGCGAAUUUGGGUUUUAUGAAAUGCUUACUUGAAUUAAUAAUAAUAUCAGGUUUUAUCAUACUGAAUUUGCUUGUUGCGGUUGUCUCUUUUGAAAAUUUGGAACAUGUUGCUUGAUGGCAGAGAUUUUACGGUCGGAGUAUGGGUUGAUGACACUUCAAAAAAUUUACAUUCGAUGGCCAGUUGAUUCCCCCAUCACUGUGCUUUAUUGCUUUAAGAGUAAUGGGUAGCCAAACUGCUAUGAGCAAUGACCGGUCAAGGAUGAAUUGGACUCCAUUAAUGGAACGCUAUUUUCUUGAUCUAAUGCUAGAGCAUUUGCACAGAGGGAAUAGAGUUGGCCACACUUUCAACAAGCAGGCUUGGAAUGACAUGCUUACAAUGUUCAAUACUAAAUUUAGCUCUCAAUGUGACAAGGAUGUUUUGAAAAGCCGUUAUGCAACAUUGUGGAAGCAAUUCAAUGAUGUAAAAAAUCUUCUUUGUCACAUUGGAUUUUCUUGGGAUGCCUCUCGUCAAAUGGUUACAGCCAAUGAUUUUGCUUGGGAUGCUUACAUCAAGGUUCAUCCUGAUGCACGAUUCUACAGAACAAAGUCGGUGCAGAACUUUGACGAUUUGUGUGUAAUUUAUGGCUCCACAAUUGCUGAUGGAAGAUAUAGUCUAUCAAGCCAUGAUGCAAGCUUGGUUGAUGAAGUGCAAAGUUUACAAGUGGGUGAUGAAAUCAGAAGCACUGCCCAAUUCAGUAAUGAGCAUCCAAGAUUAGACUGGACUGCUGCCAUGGACCAGUUCUUUAUAGAGCUUUUGCUUGACCAGUUGGGCAGGGGCAAUAAGGUUGAUAAUUCAUUUAGUAAGAAAGCUUGGACAGAUAUGCUUGCGAUGUUUAAUACAAAAUUUGGGUCUCAGCAUGGUAAAAGGUUUUUAAGGCAACGAUACAGGAAGUUGUUGAAAUAUUACUGUGAUAUAACAGUUUUUCUAAAGGAAGGAUUUUCAUGGGAUGGAAAACAACAAAUGCUAGCAGCUGAUGAUAGUGUAUGGAAUGCUUAUGUCAAGGCCCAUCCGCAUGCACGAGCUUAUAGAAUGAAAACUUUGCCAGACUAUCAUGAUUUGGAAUUAAUAUUCAGAAGUGAAUCUGAUGAUGUCAUGAGUGAUUUGCAUCAGGAGAAAAACCUUCAAGAUGUCAUAUCAGAGAUAAAUGCUGGUGAUGGAAGAGGAAACCAAAACACCAAUGGCACAGAUCGUACAAGAACAUAUUGGACGCCUCCAAUGGAUCGAUGCCUCAUCGACUUGUUGUUAGAGCAGGUGAAAAAAGGAAAUAAAUUGGGGCAGACAUUCAUUACCCAGGCUUGGAAUGACAUGGUUACUUCUUUUAACAGAAGAUUCAAAUGUUAUCGUGACAAAGAUGUUUUGAAGAAUCGUUUCAAACAUUUGAGGAGGCAGUACAAAGACAUAGACAAGCUUCUUCAGCAGGAUGGGUUUUCAUGGGAUGACACCCGAGAAAUGGUUGCUGCAGAGGAUUCUGUUUGGGAUGCUUAUACAAAGGUACACCCUGAAGCUCGAUCACUUAGAGUUAAAACCUUGCCGGGCUUCCGCAAAUUGGGUGUUAUACUUGGGGAGGAAUGUAGUGAUAAAAGAUACAGCCUUUUGGCAUCCAUUGCAGACCCUAGUGGUGAAUUACCGACAUUGAUAACAGGGUUAGUUGACGUUAUGCAUACUCAUGGAUAUUUACAAUUCAAAGGUGAAGAGAAGAAUGGCAGUUUUCCCCGUGUUUAUGAUGCUGCUUCUAUAAUAGAGUGGACUGAGUCAAUGGAAUGCUGUUUCUUUGACCUCAUGAUUGAGCAAGUAAAUCAGGGGAAUAGAGUUGGAAAUAAAUUCAAUCAACAAGCUUGGACUCAUAUGAUUAAAGCAUUCAGCACUAAAUUGGGAAUCCAAUCUGAUAAGCAGUUUCUAGAAGAUCAAUAUUUCUGCUUAAUGAAACAGCAUAGUGACAUCAGCAGUCUUCUCAAUCACGAUGGAUUUGCGUGGGAUGAAACACUACAGAUGGUAGUUGCUGAAAAUGAUGUCUGGGAAGCCUACAUCAAGGACCACCCAGAUGCCAUCUCAUAUAGAAACCGGUUUUUGGAUCUAUACCCUGACUUGUGCAAAAUUUUUGGAAAUAAAGAAUCAGGUGCAAGAGUCAGUACUCCGGGUGGGAUCCAGUGGAUGGAAGCAGGCAAUAUUACUAUUGAAAUAGAUAUGGAUGGAACAUGUGGAAAUUUGAUUCUAACUGACAACAGUGAAAUAUCAUGCCACGAUACGGAGCGGCUGAGAGGAAAGGAUGUGAAUAGAGCUUCUGGAAAUUCUGUUGUGAUGAGCAACGCUGAAAUAAUAGAGGAAGAUAACCAAAGGCCGAACGAGUUGGAUCUGGAUGGGCCAUCAGUAAAUUUGGCUGUGACUGGAAACACUGAAAUAUCAGACCGAGAUAUAGAAAGACCAGAAGAGAUUGAUAUGGAUGGAACAUCUGGAAAUUUAGUUAUCACUGCCAAUGCUUCAAUGUCGGGCCCAGAUUUUGAAAGUCCUGGGAAAUUAGGAAUGGAUGGACCAUGUGGAUAUGACAUCGUGACUGGAAACACAGACGCAUCAAGCCCACAUAAAAGAAUGUUGGCGAAAUUUAAUGUGGGCAAAACCUCUAAAAAAUUAAUUGUGACUGGCAGCACGGAAAUAAAAGAUUGUGGUAAAAGAAGACGAGGUGAAGGUUUAUCUGACUCCAGACCUCGAGACAAGAAACCAAAAAAAGACCAGAGAAUACGAAAAGCUUUAUCUGAGAUGGCAAAUGCGGUCAAAAAACUCAUGAAUGAGAAAGAUGAUAGAUCUUUUCAAAAUGCUCUAAGUGCACUCCAAGCUAUGCCGGACAUAGAUGAGGAGCUAGUAAUGGAUGCUUGUGAUCUGUUGGAAGAUGAGAGAAAGGCGAAGACCUUUUUAGCCUUGGAUACUUCCUUGCGAAAGAAGUGGCUGCUGAGAAAGCUGCGUUCUCAAUAGCGGCCUACAAUGCUUGUCCAAUAGCCAUUUUUUGAAGGUUUCGAACUAGAUUGUACUUCUUGUUGAGGGUUACUCAUAGUCAUUGAAGCAUGAUUUUGUACAUUGCAACAUGAAGCUCAUAUAUUUUAUUUUUUUGGGACAAAAAAAUGUUUGAAGGUAUUGAAGUAGGUCGAGUUUUUUAAUGGGGCUUGAAGCUAAUAAUUACUGUUAGCGCA